GCACUGAGAGGACACCAAAACCUAGCCUUUUUGCUCUCCCACUGCUCUUCCCUCCUGUUCGGCUGCUGCUUCCUCACACCGCCCAGGUAGCUCCACCGCCGGUAGCUCGCUAUACCCACCUUCUCCGCCGUUUCCUUCCUUCUCGUGCAGGGGAGGUGCAGAAACACCCUAGAUCUCUCCCGCGAGAGCGCAUGGCGUCCUCCUCCGAUGAGCAGCCCAAGCCGCCCGAGCCUCCCGCGGCCGCCGUGGCUGUGGCCACCGCCGCGCCGCAGUCCCACGCAGAGUGGGCCGCCUCGAUGCAGGCGUUCUACGCCUCCGCGGGUCAUCCCUACGCCGCCUGGCCCGCGCAGCACCUGAUGGCAGCGGCGGCGGCGGCGGCCUCAGGGUCACCGUACGGCGCGCCGGUGCCGUUCCCCAUGUACCACCCGGGGGCCGCCAUGGCGUACUACGCCCACGCGUCCAUGGCCGCGGGUGUUCCUUACCCGACUGCUGAAGCUGUCGCCGCCGCGGCUGCCGCUGCGCCAAUUGUGGCAGAAGGGAAGGGCAAGGCUGGCGGUGGCGUAUCGCCUGAGAAGGGCAGUUCUGCUGCGCCCUCUGGCGACGACGCUUCACAGAGCUGUGAAAGCGGCAGCGAUGAGUCUUCAGACACGAGAGAUUAUGACACUGACCAAAAGGAUUCGUCUGCACCUAAGAAGAGAAAAUCUGGUAAUUCCUCCGCGGAAGGUGAACCGUCUCAAGCUGCUGCUGUUCCAUAUGCUGUUGUCGAGUCACCAUAUCAGUUGAAGGGGAGGUCUGCCUCAAAGCUUCCAGUUUCUGCGCCUGGACGGGCAGCACUUCCCAAUGCCACGCCAAAUCUGAACAUAGGGAUUGAUCUUUGGAGUGCUUCUCAAUCCUUAGCUAUGAUCCCAGUGCAGGGGGAAGCAAAUCCUGGGUUGGCGCUUGCCCGAUGUGAUGGUGUUGGUCAACUGGAUGAGCGUGAAAUGAAAAGGGAGAGGCGAAAACAAUCUAAUAGGGAGUCUGCAAGGAGAUCAAGGUUACGCAAGCAGCAAGAGUGCGAGGAAUUAUCCAGGAAGGUUGCUGAGCUGACAACAGAGAACAAUGCCCUCAGAACUGAGCUUGACCAGCUUAAGAAGGCCUGUGAAGAUAUGGAAGCACAGAAUGCACGACUAAUGUCUCAGGAACCUGCUGCGGUCACAACCACACUGGGCAUGAGCAUCGCAGUGCCAAAAAUGCAGCAGCAUGAAGAUGAGGGUAAGCUUCAUAAGAAGGCUAAUAAUAACAGCAAUGGGAAGUACGUAGGUGGCAGCCGCAAACUGGAGGCUAACCCUAGAUGAGAGACCCCACGAGGGAGUGACAGAGAUGAGAUGUGGUGUUUCUUUAUCUAACCACAACACCCAUCAUCGAUUCAGUGUGCUUGUAGCAAAGAUGUUUUAGCCCACUUCUCACAGCUCACUGGGGCCCCUGUGUAGAGUUGCCCCUGUCGCAGCCAUGUAUUAUUUAUGGCUCGUCUCCGAGAAGAAUGUGUAAACUGAUUGGUGUACCUAGAGCUUAGAAAUUUUAUGUUUGCUAACUUUCCACGAGGAUUCUUAUAACUUGCCAAUUUGAUGGCCGGAUGCGUAACAAAUAACCUUGACACUAUGUCUCGCACUUUCUCUUAACAAGUUGAUGCAUUUUUA